AUGGUAGAGUUUAAUUAUGAUAAUAAAACAUUUCAAGAUAUAGAAAUGUUGGAAAUACCAGACGAUGACGAUCAAGAUGAUAGUAAUAUCUCAGUAUCAUCAGAUACUGAUGUAAUUUCCAAUUCUGAUUCAACUGAUUCAAGAAAUUCAUUAUUUAAAUCACAAGCUGAAUAUAUAGAACUAUCAGAUUGGUUAAGCAAUGAAUCGUCGUAUUUACAAUUCCAUUUUGAUUCUAAAAAAUAUAAAAAGAGUUGUAUUACCAAUAUGGAUAAUUUUCAACAACAGUAUAUUUCAUAUAUUAAAUCAUUAUAUAAAAUCAUUGAAACUCUUACAAAGAGUGAAGCUAUUACACGCGUUGAACAGGAUGAUGAUGAAUCUCCAAUUGGGUUGAUUACUAACAGUACUCCACCUUCAAUCAAUCAAAAAUCUAUAAAAAUUAAUGAAUCAUUUCAACAAAUUCAAGAAUCUUUAUCCUCAUUCAUCCAAUCCACUACAAAUAAUAACGACAUUGAUGAAGAAGCAGAGAAAUUGCGCCACCUCCAAACCAUCCUACAAUGUCUAGCCGCCCAUUAUUUCGCAACUGACAUACGAACCAAACCAGAUUCAAUCCUUGAAUGGGUCAACACAUAUGAUCCAAAACCCGAUAAAGCCCUUGUUGAACAAAUCAUGAUUAAUACCCCAAAACCAUAUGAACACCCACAAUUCUGGAAUGUGUUAAUUAGUCAAUAUAUAACUAGAGGAUUGUUUCAACAACUCCAUGAAGCUAUAUAUCAUUCCAAAUUUGAGGAAUUACAAGAUAUUUGUCCGGAAUUAUACGGAUUGAUUAUUGAUUUGGAUACUUUGAUUCAAGAUUAUCAAGGAUUUUGUCAUAAAGGUCAAUUUACCCAAUGGAAGUUGUUAAUGUGUGAAUUUAGAGAUUCAUUUGCUUCAAGGAUUAAGAUUAAGGAUUCGAAGUAUCAGAUUAUUGCUGGACAGAUUUUUGAUUUGGUUUGUAUUUUGACGGGAUUGCCUAAGAGUAUUGCCAGUUAUUGUGACAAUUGGUAUGAUGUAUAUCUUGCAUUGGUAUUAUAUCAAGUUCGUGACGAGAAUGACAAUCAAGAAUUGUAUAAAGAAUAUUUCCAAAUGGCAAUCAAUGAAAAGCCAUCAAUUCCAACCUCAUCAUCAUCAUCUUCAUCUUCAUCAAAUGACAUAAAUCUUGAUCAAUUGGUUGAGAAUUCAUUUUUAAAUAUCUUAGACGGGAAAUUCUUAAAAGUAUUGGAAAGCUUAUAUAUCCUCGAACCCGCCACUGCUGCAUAUAUAUCCCUCCUAUUCGAUCUCAAAUCCCUUUUCGAAACCUACUACACCUCCAUUUCCCAUACCCAUACCCAACACCAUCAUCAUACCCACAAAUCCAUCUCGGAAUAUUUUCUCGUCAGGCACGCCUACGAAGCACUCAAUAUCCACCCAUUAGUCCCCGUCGGAAUCGGCCUCUUGCGUAAUCCAAUAAUCCUCCAAUCAUCAAACUCAAAUCUUAAUUCCACGAAGGUGAUCGCCGAUUUCUUGCCUAAUUACACCUGUACCACUAAUGACGAUCUAGAAUGGACACUCACGAUCUGUGCCGAUAUGAACUUGAUAAAAACCGCGCGGGAAUUAUAUUAUAAUGCCGGACUCAAAUCUUUAGGUGAGGGAUAUAUUUAUGAAUCUCUUCAUAACUUUGCCAAUUCCUACGAUCCAAAUUCUCGUGACAACAAAGCGAUAAAACAGAUACAUUAUUUAGUGAAUAACUUAAUCUUAAAACGGACCGAGGGUUUAAGGAUUGCUCAUCCUGUGAUUCAGCAAUGUUUGGCUCCCUAUGCUGUUUUGUAUGAAUAUUUCACCGAACAAGAAGAGGAAUGUUUUGGUGGUAGUGAGGUGGUGGUUGGAAAGAGGGUGAGAAAGUUGAUACAUUUGUUAAAACAUAAUUAUAUGCCUAAGAAAUUCGUUCCGUUGUUAUUAUGUCAAUUCUUACCAUUUUUUAAAGAGGGGAAUAGAUGGACAUUGGCUGAUUUGGUUAUGAUUAUUGAGUUGGUGGAUGGAUAUGAGAAUGAUAGUACUCCGGAAGAUGCCGACCAAGGGCAGGAAUUGUAUGCGUAUUCAAUUACGAAUGUGGAUGAAGAUGAAGCCAGGGAGUAUGAUUGGAGAAAGGUCUUGGGAGCGGAUGUUCCUCACAGUGUAGAUGAGAUGUUGCGAUAUUUGAGAAAUAAAGUUGUUGGAAGAAUUGGAAGAGUAUAUUUAGAAUAG